CUCGCUUUUUGCCGUACAUUUUAUCGGAGAAAUUCACCUGGAAAAUGGUUCGCGAUUAUUUUCAAGUUCAGUUACGUAAAUGCGCGUGCGGAGAAUUGGUGCGGAAUAGCGGAUGUUUGGUGGUGCUCGACGGUGAAGUGGUGCACGGUUAUAAGCUCUCACUAGCACUAGAGCUCGUCAGUCGUCGUUGGAUCAUCCUCACAUACGUUGAAAUCUAGUUUUAGUGUAGUGUGUGAAAGAACAAAACAACAAUGUGUACCACCGCAUUUCGGAUAUACGUCGUGUCAAUCAUUUGUGUGGUCAUCGCUUCUGGUCACGUUCAUGGACCUCGGAGAUCCCGCAGGAUGGAUGCCGAGGAUUACUCAGAGAACGAAAUAGAUAGUGGCAGAGCUGGGGAGAGCUCCUGGUGGCCGUCAGCCGAAUUUGCCGUCUUACAGAAAGUUUAUGAUGACUGUAGCUCUCAGAAACAUAUGUCACUGUGUCUGAAGGGCAAAGCUUUGAUUGCAUUAUCACGAGCGGUGGAGCAGGAGAGCAUUCAGAUCACUGAUGGGUUAUCGUUAGUGAAGGAGGGCGACGCUCCCUCAGCAGUAGCAGAGCCACGUUUCUUUCCAGGAAUGACGAAAGAGGAGAAAAUCGACUCUAUGCUGCGCACUAAAUUCGAGCAGUUAAUGAACACUCAUACAGUUUCUCUUGAUCUUGCUACGGAAGGCAGAGGUAGAGGUAAAAAGGUCCUGCCUUAUUUGCUCCUCGGUAUCUUUUCUACCAUGAGCAUAUUCGGAGGCAUGGCAUUGAAGACCCUAGCCGCUAUCGCAGGCAAAGCCCUUAUCGCCAGUAAAGUGGCUUUGACAAUUGCAGGCAUUAUUGCCCUCAAGAAAUUGUUCAGUCAUGAGACGCCCACUGAAACGACGUUCCAAGUUCACGCAGACGGACACCAUAGGUAUUUAUAA